UGCCUCAGCCUGGCGGACUUGGCCGCCCCCUCGCCGCUGCCUUCCCCGGCCCCCGAUCUGAAGGACUGCCUGAAUGCUUCGAAAUCCCUGGUAGCCGCGGCGAAAGAGGCGCUGCACCAGCUGCAGGAGCUUGGCAUACUAAACUUUCAAUGUACCCUGGAAGCUGUUGAUCUUCUAGAUAUCACUAAGAAUAAAACCAACACACCUAAGGCUUGUAUGCCAGAAGAGUCCAAGACUGGAAAUUGUCCUGCACUAGAAAGAGCUGAUUUUGAUAAGAGUAAAUGCCUGCAUGGUAUCAAAGAAGACUUGAUAGCUUACAGGGCAGUGUUCAAGAAUUUCAGUAUAGCUUACAAGGCAGAGUUCAAGAAUUUCAGUAAUCAGAAGAUGCUGACUGCUAUUGACAAUAUGAUACAGGCUAUGAAAAUUAAGAAUGUGAGUAAGGCGACGCAACCAUCUACAAACAGAGGAGGAUCAGCCUCUUUCAAUGACAGAAUGAGGUUAUGUGGUGUUUUCCAUGCUUUCAGAAUUCGUACUGUGACCAUAAGCAGGAUGAUGAACUACUUGAACACUCCUGAAAGCUCAUCAUAAUCACUGAAACCUGAAAGCACUUUCUUAUUAAUCAAAGCAAUGUUAAGUAUAUGAGAAACAUAUUAGGUUCUUGUUGUAUGACCUCUGUGUGCAGAAAACUCACUGAAGUCAUUGGCGCUUGUACACACGAACGGUUACCAGGACUGGACUUGAAUUUAAGAAUACAAUAAUACUUCUACAAAAAUGUUUCAAUGAUUAAGCAUAAUUUAUGAUCUAAGCUGUCUUGAGCAAAUUAGUCAGUGUCUUUUAAGCUAAGAUGUUAAUUUUCUACAUUUUUAGAAAAAAUAAGCUAUAUUGUACCAGCAUGUUCACAACAUA